AUGAUAAACAUUAGUGUUGCCACUCAUCAAAAAGACGACAACUCGCAAGCUGCUGCAAAAAGUGUUGUACAGGAUUUGAGAGGCCUUUCUGGAGGUGAACGUUCAUUUACGACGGCUUGCUUUAUCAUGGCGUUAUGGGAGAUUAUGGAGGCCCCAUUUCGAUGCAUGGAUGAGUUUGAUGUCUUUAUGGAUAUGAUCAACAGACGGGUAAUUAUGGAUCUGCUUGUGAAACUGGCCACUGAGCAAUACUCACACAAUCAAUUUAUCUUCUUCACACCACAAGGAAUCAAAGAGCUUGGCGAAAGAGAGCAUGUACAAGUAUUUGAGAUGCCUAAAGUUCGAAAAUAG